AUGUCUUCUCAUCCACUACGUCGCUCAGUUAUUAAUGAAGAUGACGGCAGAUGGGCAACCCACCCUGACGUGGACAAAAUCAGCUCUGAACCCAGAGAUCGGCGGUCCUGGUGUGAAGAGCAUGCAAGCCAGCAAGUAGGCGACAACCAUGGAGAACAAGACGAGCUCCGAGAACGAGAAAGAGCGGGAAGCGGCUUUACUUAUGACCUCUGGAGAAAAGAACGGGUUGAACGUGACACUCGCCGCUCAUGGAAUGGUAUUAGAUGGGCACGCCAAACUCAACAUCAGGCACUAACCGAUACAGCCGAAGGCCUACAGACCCCUUACAGUGGCAUCAAAGACGAGUCUGAUGAGACACAAAGCCACCAAUCGAUAACCCAGAUCCCACUCUUCGUGGCACAGGAAGAAUCUGCAGAAACCGUGGAGCAUAGAGAAGAGAUACCCUGCAGAGAUGGCAACAAUCUCAGUCAAAGUGGCCAAGAGCCUAGUGACAUCGGACUAGCUAUUCGCCCGCGUCAAACAACCAUCCCACAGGGAUGCAAAUGCCCAAUUAGUCUCCAAUGUGAGGCUAAGGACAACAAAUUGAUUGACUGCCGCACGCUGGUUGUUGAAUGGACCAAGUGGAAGAAGCGGCAAGAGGACGAUAGUCGCCCAAAACCACCCAUCGACGUUCCUCUGGAAUCGGAGCCCUUUGCUACUACAGAGGAGGUGGAGCUCAUAAUCGGUUUGUUAGAUGCCGUUCAACAUCGACAACGCUUAUCGAUGGGUUUACGAGUCACCUUCGGCAGAAUUCAAGAUUGGAUCCGCCGUAUGCAGUGCAAUUCGGUGACCCCAUCAGCACUACAGGAGACACAAGUAGUGAAGAGGCUUGAAGAAUUUCUUUCCGAAGAGAAGACUGAGCUGCGGCGUUCAAGAGACGUGCCACAGCACAUGGUAGAAGACCUUACCAUCAUACAAAAAAAGUGGGCGUUCGGGGAUCUUUCAGUUCUGGCUCGUCGAGGGCUUCGUCAGACUCAGCAGGAUGGACACCUAACAGCCAAUCCAGAUUGGAAAUGGGCCCGAAGUGCCGACUACUUCGGCCACGGCCAUCUCACAAACGGCCAAACAUGGCACUACCGGGCAGAGAUGUGUCGGGAUGGCGCCCACGGACCUCCAGUGGCUGGAAUCGCAGGCACGGUUCGUGAUGGCGCCCGGAGUAUCGUCAUGGGUCUCCACGAUACGGUGAACAACGAAUACUAUGCUGAUGUAGACCAAGGAGACAUCAUCUGGUAUAUGGGAACGGCGCUAAAGCGCGAGGAAGACGACACUGAGCCAACCAACUUAAAAGAACCCGGUGACCCUCACUACCGCCGCCAACGAGUCACCAAAGGUUCGAAAGGCCAGGGUCCAACAAACAGCACAAAGGCGCUGAUCACAGCCAGAAGAACAGGCAAUCCCGUUCGCGUAUUUCGGUCCUUCCGCCUGGCUGAAAUUGUCCCGUUACACCCAGACCGCGGAUUUCGAUACGACGGCCUCUAUGUCGUUACUGAUCUCAAACUAUUGGAAAAGGAACGGCAAAUUUACCGCUUCAAAUUGGAACGGUUGACUACCGGCCAGGGCCCGAUAAGAGAAAACCUCGCCCCGCCGGUUCCUGAGAGCAGGAAGCGUAAGCGGACGUCAAUAUGA